AUGAGUAGGGAACAUCAUUAUCAUGUAGUAGUAACUGCUAUCAAGCAACAACAAUAUCCAUGUCAUAAAACUCAGAAAAAAGUUAGCAAUACUGUACAUGUUACUCAAGUCAAAGCGCCCGCAUCAGAAUCUAUCAAAAAGAGUAGAAACAAUGUAGCAACGGUGAAGCAUAUUAAUACAUUUUUAGAAAACGGUGGCAUUCUUUCAAAUGAAUCAAGCAGUAAAAAUAAAGAGUCCUCGUUAGAAUCAACGUCAAAUGCACGUGAGACACUAUCACAAGACUCCAGUUUCCGAAUCAAGAAUAAUUCAAAUUUACAACAGCCGAUGAUUCAUCCACUGAUGGGCAAAUCUCAAAUAAUGCCAUUAAAUGAUUAUAAUUUGAUUGAUACUGUUGCUCAUUCGUCACAACCAGUGAACAAUACUGAUCUUGCUCCUGUUUCAACUACAACUCCCAGUUCUAAACCAUUUUUGUUCGAAACUGACAAUUUUCAACAAUUUCAUAGUGCUCUCGACGUACCUACGAAAACAACACGAUGUCAACAACUAUGUCCGAAUCGAUCGUUCGUUGUUUGUCUAAUUUUACCCACGAUUUUGAUAUUACUUUUUACUGUUGCCAUCGUAGUACCAGUCUUAUGGCUUUUACCGAAAACAACGGUUACCGUUCAAACAAGUACAACAACAACAACAACAAGCUCCCAAUCCUCGACCAGUAGUACUACGACUCAAUCUGUUUUCUUUAUACAGCAUCUAGCAGCUCGAGUAGUUCCAGCACUAGUAGCACAACAAGUUCAACGAGCAGUAGCACAACAAAAUUUGAAUUUAGCAAUAACAUCAAAUGUAUGCACGGCAAAUUGGACUGGCAUUAGCAUGAUAGCUAAUUGUAUCAAUUGCUCUACUCUUCUUUACUAUUAUAACUUUGUUACUAAUUAUACAGCGAUUGGAAGUCCGUCUCGUAUUGUAUUUUCUCUUUUUCGAUCAAACGGCUUUUUUGCACUUGACGAUAUUUCUGUACGGAGUAAUACAGCACCCAGUGUGGAAAUACUUGUUAAUGGUGGUUUUGAAUAUGGUAAUCUUACAGGAUGGUCUUAUUGUAAUCAAAAUAGUGCAUCCAACACUGGCGGAGUUAAAGCGAAUUCUAGUAAUUUUACUUAUUCUGGCGUUCACUUCUAUGCGAACUCUGGCUCCUAUUAUUAUAUAGGUGGAGGUUUGCCAGUCGCCGAUUAUAUGAGCCAAACAUUUUCAACUAUUACUGGUCAGCUUUAUACUGUUAGUCUUUGGUUUUUUAAUUCAAACAAUGUAACUUUGACCAGUGCUGAUCUUUUUCUCGGAGUUUGA